AUGUCAGAAACUUUCCUGCACGUUCGACUGCUUGUUUCUACCGAGCACGACCCCAUGACCGCCCACGUCUUUACUGCUGACAUCGGCCGCAAUCAACGAUCCCGUCGCAGUGGCGAAAUAAUUUCCGAAAUAGAAAAUGGCCGUCCGAAUGAACCCAGCCUCGAAGAACCCAAGCAGAAAUCGGGUGGCAAAGAACGUAUGCACAUUAGUGACCCAAGCUUGUGUCAAGGCGAUGGUUCCCCAAAUAAGGACUUGGCCUGUCAGCCAGAUUGGUGCGCCGAGCUUUUGUAG